UUGUCUCCGGAAGGUUUUAUACCUGAGGAAGAGCUAGAAGUAUUGACCAAACUGUCGAACGCUCAAGUACAAGUCAUAGCCGACAGGUCUCAAUUACUUCUGGCAUGCUGUUGGAGAGCGCAUAAGUUUGUUUCGUCGAUUUUCACUAUUGUCGUGAAUGGGGGUACGGACUUGGAUCCAAAAGUUAUCGAGGAUAUGGCUAAAUACUUUUGGCUACAACUGACGGAAUGUAAACACUGUGGAGCGUUUGAGAGCGCAGUUGACGGGUUUUACUCAUUGUGCUCCUAUUUAUGGAAAGUGGAAGAUGAUAGUCUUCCUCAUCCCGCUCGAUGGGCAGAAGAGAUCACCUUGGCUUUAGAAGGAAAAAAUGAUUUGCAAAAACUUUGUUCGACAAGAAGAAGUGGGGGAGUCCCUCAUUUGGUCACUUCUAUUAUGGCCUCGGAACCAUUGGACAGAGAAGGAGACAAAUCUAUUUUUUCCAGAGUUUUUGAUUCAUUGCUCAAUAUGGAAGCUAAGGAGUUGGAAUAUAGAGUUCAUUCGUUGAACGUUCUGAAAGCAAUAAUUUCGUCGUCUAAACUUGGUGAACGUAUUCUUUUCGCUGUUGAGAGAAUAUGUGUUGUUUCAAUCAACUCUUGUUCUGCAGAGUCCUGGUCUGAGAGGAAUGCAGGAGCUCAGCUGGCCGCUGCCCUACGUAUCCGUAUUUUUGGAGUUUCUCGAAACAGUCAGAAGGAGCAUGAAGUGGACAGUAAAAAUAAAUUGAGUGCAUUUGAUUUCUUCUCGAGAUAUCCUGCACUGUAUGAGAAGCUUUAUGAACAACUUCAAGGAACAACAACUGAUAAUUUCAAAUGCUAUCCAAUUUUAAUUUUUCUCUCUCAUCUAACACCAACUGUUGCUGAGAAGUUCCCUUUGGCACCGUUCAUUCCAGCUUGUCUGCAUAUUCUUUUUACUGCCAAAUCAGAGAAACUAAGGAAUUUAACAGCAGCCACAAUAACUUCCAUCUCUCAAGAACAGGAUCUUUCCUGGGUUUUGCAUCAAGCAAAAAAGUGCUCCGAAAAGUUUGAAACAGAAAGUGUGGCCCAUAGCAUUCUUAUAUUGAUUAACUAUACUUAUAGAAAGUUGGCAAAAAUCAAGAAACACAAUGAAGUAGCUUCUGAACUUCUCCCAUGUGUUCUUCCAUUCCUAGAGCGACGAAAUCUCUGUGAUUACAACUUGAAUAUCCUCUACACUAUCUUAAACAGUUUGAAAGUUAGUUUCCAGCCGAUCAUUUCGAAAGAAAUCAAUUUGACCUGGAGGCCAAUUGCGGCUUCCAACAUUCUUCAGAAGAAUGUGCGCCCACAUAUUAAAGAAAAAGCCUUAAGGUUUGAAUAUUAUCGCACUUUCCAAAAAGUUUCUGAGUUUUCGGGAAGAGAUGAACUCCUGGACUGGGCCUGCUCGGACCUUUCUCAAUGCAAAAUCGAACGAGAAUUCUUCGAGGUUCUAUCCUUCCUCCUCAACAACUUGGAAAGUAAGACGGAGCAUCUCACCCAGAAGUUGAAGAAGACAUUGCGGACACCUAAACUUUUCACAUCAUUGAAAUCUUGGUUGUUGAGUAAGAAGCUUUAUUACUCUAUUUGCGUGCCACUAAACGUGGACAGUGAGGAUUUUUCAUGGCUGAAAACUGUCUCAGAAAACGAUGAGGAUGACAAUCUAAAGGAAAUAGCAUUGGAAGUCUCGGAUUUGCUAUUAUCUUCACACAAAACUCCUGAGUUUAUCGCUCAUCUGUCAUUAUUCUUGCAAGAUGAAUGUGAGGAGAUAAGAAAUAUGGCCGCCAAAAUAGUUUCGAAGCAUUUCCUGCAGAGGAACAUGCCACUGUCUUCUGAAAUUUGUUUGAGGCUCAUUAUGGGGGAUCCGGAAAUUCAUAAAAAUUACAUCAAACUUUCCAAAUAUUCCGAGCGAAAGAGAGAUGCUCUGUUUGAUGUUUGUAACUCGCGGCCCUAUGCGGAAGAGAAAGUCUUUGGAGAGAAUCAUUUUGUAAUGGAUUUCGUUUCUAACAUGCUGAUUCAUAUGGAUCAGGAGAAACUAAAUUGA